AUGAAUUCCACGCAUAAUUGCACACUGAGCGCAAACGAUUUGGACUAUAUACCGUUGGACAGUUUCUGGCACUGGAAACAUUGGUCAAACAAAUGGAAGCAGUGGAGUACCAUCGACGCGUCGAAUCCACAGACGAAAAAAUACAUUUCAAGUUUAGCAGUUUUCAACCAGGAAAAAAGACGCCAUUUGAGAAUGAGCCCCUUCUGGAUCAUUCAUCCUUUUAGCCGGGUACGGUUCGUCUGGGACAAUGUGACGCUGCUGGUGUUUGCGAUAGGAUUCUUCACGAUUCCAUUCAUUACGAGCUUCAAGGUUCUUCAUUUUUCUCAAAUUUAUACCGACGACGUUAACUUAUACGUUUACGGCUUUUCUUGGCUGGGUAUAUUGAUGAACUGCGUAACAGGUGUACACGACAACAAAACCUCGGAGAUAAUCCUCGAGCCGAAAAGAAUAGUAAGCAUCUACCUGAAGGGUUUCUUUUUCAUCGACGUUUUUUCAUCGCUUCCCUACGACCGACUCACGAUGCCGUGGCGAAUUAUUCCAGGACCCGAAUCAAACAUCUACAUCCCACUUAUCAACCUUCUCCCAAAUCUGAAGCUCUUCCGUUUCUCGAGUAUGGCCACAUACAUCAAACGGUCAUUCCAGUACUUGAAUAUCAAGAUCUCAGUGGGCUGGAUAAGUGCAAUCUUUAUACUGUACUUGGUACACUGGUUCGCUUGUUUAUGCUAUGUUAUUCCUACCCUCGUGAUAAACUUUAAGAAGCAGAACUUGCACAACUGUGGAUGCUGGAUGGCUGAACUAGGCUUAAGACAACCGCCCAUAAGUGUGUUGUUCAGGAACAGCAUCUUCAUGGCAGUCUCUAACUUUACGGGCAGCAGCUACGGAAUUUUGGCCCCCGUAACGGUAGGCCACAUCGCUAUGUGCACUCUUCUCAUGAUCAGCGGCAUGAUAUUUAUAGACUACGCAAUAGUCUUUGUUCUCUGUACAAAGUCAAACAAAUUCAUCUCAGAAACGAAGUAUGAAGAGAUCAUGAAUCAACUUCGUGCCUACAUGCGCCAAAAACAACUGCCAGAGUAUAUGAAACGUCGUCUCCUUGCCUACUACUACUAUCGAUUCGUCAAGAACUUCUAUCGCGAGAAAGAAAUUUCUGCAUCUCUAUCAGAUAAUCUUCGUCGAGAAAUUGCGCUUCACUCGAGUCGUCGCUUCAUACAAAAUGUUGUGAUAUUCAGAGACCUGCCCAGUAAUGUCUUGGAGUCGAUCGUUGUGAACUUAAAGAUGGAAUUGUACUUACCGAAUGACGUUAUCAUCAAGGCAGGAACGCAAGGAGAUUGCAUGUUCUUUCUUGCCAGCGGGACGGUCGUGGUUCUAACGCCGACGGGAAAAGAGAUCUGUCAUCUCGAGGACGGUGCUCACUUUGGUGAAGUCGCGCUGCUGGUUCCUGACCAAAGGAGGGUAGCGAGUGUCAUGGCCAUCGAAGUUUGCAACGUCUUUCGCCUCGAGCGGAAAGAUUUCCGACGAUGCGUCGCUGUGCACACCGAUCUCUUCGCAAAGAUUGAAAGGCUCGCGACAAGUCGCAUGGAGAAAACGGUUCUCAUGGAGGAGCAGCACAAGCGGUUCUUGCUCCAGCGAUCAAAUCGCAGAACUUCCGCUACGAUGCGAAACCUUCACACGAAGAGUCUCUAUCCUGACAUGAAGGACUCUAAUGGAAUCCAAAGUAAAAACUGCUGA